AAUACUUUUGUGGGUGUGGCUAUAACAAAUGGCGUUCAAACUGGUUGGUGAUCAAUAUUCAAAGAUUAGACAAGCUAGAAAACGCAGAGUAGACCAUUUGUUGGCUGGUCAGAUACCUGAGAGUGAAGUGUUGAAAAUGAGAGAUGGAAGGUUUGCAUGUACUGUAUGUAGUAGCAGGCCAGUCUUUGAUACUCUAAUGGUUCUGUCAGUUCAUAGGAAGGGAAAGAAGCACAUUAAAGCUGUUCUUGCAAAUAUGAAACGUAGUCUGGAAGAAUCUCAACCUGGUAAAGCUGAGCAGCCAUUACUAGCUCAGACUCAAGCAGCUCUUGACCAUGCUCUCUUUAGCAGCCAAUCUUCUUCAUUAUCAUCAUCAUUUGAGAAAGAAGGCGACAUCAAGGAAGGAACUGAUACCUCUAAAAGACAUGGACCAGCCCAUGACACAAGUGACUCUGCUGUGCCAAAGAAAAAGCAAAAAAUGUUGCAAUCUCAAGAUAAAGCAUGCGAGGUAGAAAGUGACAAAGUAGUAACAUCAUCAAAUAUUAAUAGUGAUUAUAACAGACUCCGCAGUUCAGGAUGGUUGCCAUUAUCUGAUGGUACGUGGAUUAAAGAUCCACAAGUUGAGUUUGAUAGUUCAAGUGAUGAUGAAACAAGUGAUGAAGGGAAGACAGAAUAAGAGAGAAACUUGACUGCAACAACAAUGCCAACAAGCCUGCUCUACAUGAAUGAUUGCAAUGAAUUUAAAUGAAGAAGACGAAUGGUUUAUUAAAAGAUGUUGUCACAUGAUAAUGAAUUAAUAAUAGUAAUAUGUCACAUGUUUUUGAUUGAUGAUGUCUUGUGUUCGGAA